CACACACACACACACAUACACACACACACGCACACGCACACGCACACGCACACACACACGCACACACACACACGUAUAUACAUGCACACACACGCACACACACGUACACACACUAAUCUAUCAGCACGUCCUGCUCCGGGAGAUCAUUGUGAAUGAACCCGUGCGGAGCGCAGAGGAGAAACCGUGGUGCGAUACCGCAGGAUGUGGCCCGGGGCCUGACGACGGAGCGGUCACUGGGACUGGGACGAGGCUAAAAUGGCGUGAGAGGAGGUUUAGUGGAGGCUAGAGGCCGACGCUGACAGCGAGCUGCCGGACCCCCUGCCGGUCCUCCUGGCGGCUGAGCUCCCGGCGUCCCGUUACUCCCAAGCCGCCCCAUGCAGGACAGAACGCCUGCGAGUGGCUCCACGAACACCCAAUCCAAUGUUAUUUGCUCCUGCAACUGCACCGGAACCCAGCCACAGGGCAUGGAUAUAUCUGAACUGGAGUUUGUUCAGAUAAUAAUUAUCCUGGUGGUUAUGAUGGUAAUGGUGGUGGUGAUCAUCUGCCUUCUCAACCACUACCGGCUCUCUGCCCUGGCCUUCCUGAGCCGACACAGCCGAGCCCGGCACCAAGGCCACCGCCAACAGGCUACACAGCUGGUGAUGUACGGGCCCCAGGGCACCCAGGAGCGGCUGGUCUGCAACCCGCCCGCCUACACACAGCAGCAGAACCAGCACCUCUGCCGCUUCCAGCCCACCUUCCCCUACCUGCAGCAGGACAUCAUCAACCUGCCGCCGUCCAUCUCCCUGUCCGACGGCGAGGAGCUGCCCCCCUACAAGGGCCCCUGCACCCUGAAGCUGCGGGACCCCGAGCAGCAGCUGGAGCUGAGCCGGGCCUCGGUGCGCGCGCCGCCCAACCGGACCGUCUACGACAGGAACUUCCUCGACAUUUAUGUCGGCCGCGGGCCGAGUUUCACCUCCGGAGUCGGCGGUGCGAACACUCGGACGGAGAGCCCACCGCCCACCUACAGCGAGGUGAUGGGACACUACAGGGGCAGCGCAGCGUUUUACAGCCAGUACAGCAAUAACACCGCCUCACUGCUCGACUGCGGGUCGGACUCGGGUAGCUUGUGGCUUGAGCGUCAGGCUGGCAGAAGGGAGAGUGAAAGCACAGCAGCGCCCUCUGGUGGUGAAAGCAAGCGGAAGCGGCAAGGGGGAGGAGAGGCGGAAGUGAGGAAAGUCCCGUGAGGCUUCGCGGGGCCACAUCUGCAGAACCCCCCCACGAAGGGUUAACUCGUCAUAUGUUUUUUAUUGAGCUGCAGUACAUUUUUUUGUAUACUCAAUGUAUGUUGCAGACAAUCCACUGCGAAUCCACUCUCGUCCACACAUACAAACAAAAAAGUAAUGGUUCAUGAUUUUUCAUAUAUAUAUUGAGUUGAAAAGACCCACAUUUAUGCCAGAAUUUUACACCAUAAUAGGUUUGGAAAAGAAGCCAAUUUGAACUUGCACUAGCUCACUGUUUAAAUGCAGAGAAUAAUUCUUUGAUGUUUUUUCCUCUUUGUAUUUGAGUUGGUCUCCUUGUUUUUUUAAUAGUCAAUGCAGGACAGUAAAAUAUUAUCUUCAGUACCGACAAAGCCCAAACCCAGGCGUGGGGGGAGUUCACCUCAGUCGGAGGAGAACCCGUGUCCGCAUCGUACUGACAAAAGGCCAAAAAGUCCUCCUGAAAUGGGCUGCCUGUCAGGGCAGCCCCUGCAGCGAUAUGGGCAUGACUCCGGGCCAGAGGGGUGAAGACAGAAUCAGUUCUAUGGUCAGGAGAAGACAGAAGCCAGCUCUAUGGUAAGAAGAAGCCUCAUCUGCAGGGUAGUGGAGACAGAAACCAGCUCUGUGGUCAGAAGAAGCUUAAUCUGCAGGGUAGUGGAGACAGAAGCCAGCUCUAUGGUAAGAAGAAGCCUCAUCUGCAGGGUGGUGUAGACAGAAGCCAGCUCUGUGGUCAGAAGAAGCUUCAUCUACAGGUGAAUCGGUCCCCGUCUUUCUCUGGGAUCUGGAAGGGUCAACGCCAAUAGAGGCACAACUUCAGCAGGGUCUGGGCAGAGUGGCCAGGAUAUCGGGGAUAUUCCAUGAUGCAAUGGAGGGAUGUUAUAUGGGGCUUACGAGAGUGUCAACGACAGCUCCAUCUAGCCUGCGGUUAUACCACCCAAUAUACAAAGGCUUAAGGCUGGACGGGGCAGCACUCAAACCCUGCUAAAGGAACACAAGGUCAACAAUUAUGAAUGCCCACUUUUUUCUUCUGUUUCCUGAGACCUUCACUUCCUGUCCACCUGUCCUUUGGCCUUCACUUCCUGUCCACCUGUCCUUUGACCUUCACUUCCUGUCCACCUGUCCUUCACUUCCUGUCCACCUGUCCUUUGGCCCUGUUCCCCUACAGUAGCACUUUAUGUGUCUGCCAGGUCACGGCUCCAGUGGCUUCAGAGCAGGCAAUUCAUGGAGAUUGGUUUAAAUAGGGAGCACUUACUUUGUAUUUCUCAUCCCUCCCUUUAGUUUGAAAAUACCUCAUUUCAAAAGGGGACUCUUAAACCGGUGCAUACUCGUGUUCAGGGGGGUAAAUUGAAUGACUUACAGUAAACUGCACUUAAGGCAUGAUUCAAUGUUAAUAUAGAGAGCAAAGGCAUAUGAUAAUUAUACAUGCAUCUAGGACCGGGUCAUUGUUGUGAAGCCAUACUUGCCAUUGCGCAUUUUCAAUUCACCCUUUAUUUAUUCUUAUUUAUUUGAUGUUUCACAUUGGAGGACGUUUUUUUUUUAAGGUUUUCUUUG